GGAGAGCAUCGCGGCGUGGGAUGGUGAGGCAGAUGGGAAUAAUCACGUGAUGUUCCGCAUACAACUCCGACAAUCAACCUCAGGCACAACGACUUCUUAUCAAUAUCACGAUUUUCGAGAUGGAAGGUCUUUUAACUGCCGUUAAGACCAUCAACCGAGAUUCUGAAUCCCCGUUGGUUGCUGUUGAAACUCAGAGUCGCAAUGACAGUUCCAUCAAACCCGUUGUCGAUUUGAGCCAAGAUAUAUCAUUGGAGCAACUGGUACAAACACUGAAGUCGCAUCCGGGAAAUGACGAGCUUGCAGCAGCUCUUGCAACUCUCGACCCUUUCAGCAAAUCAAGGAAGAUACAGGAUCUUGACAUUCGCAUUCCAAGCCCGACAACAGCUCAAAUUCUCCAGAUUUUAGUCACCACCACCAUCCCGGAUCACUGGUCAUUUCUGAAUGGCAAGGAAAGCAAGGCAAAGGAUGCAAAAUGCCGAGCAGCUCUACUGCGCUGUCUCAGCAGCAUAGCGGGACUUGGGUCUCUUGUGGCUCAACUUCGUACUCUCAUCGCAAAUUCUCGGGCAGCAGCUCAGAAAGCCGAGGGCUCAAGCAGCCAUCUCAUGAUUUUAGAUCUCUUGUCUGUCCUUGCUGCUCUGCUGGAGCCGAAGGACUUCCUUUCUCGCAUCUAUACAGAUAUCUCAUCGAUCUAUGAGAAUCGAACUCGACAGCAAGUUGCCUGGAGAGAGUUUGUGUCCCUCGUUGCUGCUGGUAAAAUACUUUCCACAGCAGCAGAAGCGCUCACCGUUGCCAAUACAUCUGCGCGUGUGUCAUCCGUCUCAUGGAUUGGUGAUGGCCCUCGCUAUGCGUCCUGGCUGGGUGGAAACAUCACCAAUCUAGCCUCGAAGAUCAGCGCGGGUGAUGAAAGUCACUGGACCUCACUCGCUUUUCUCACCGGUCGAGCCUUAAGUCUAGGCUAUUCUGAUCAGCUAGUUAGAGAGAUUUACUCGGGAUUGCUUUUCGAGCAACCAUCCCAUGCCAACUUUGGCUCGCUUGUUGACCAUCUUAGACAGCCAGAGCAAAUUGUUGUGCUGGAAUCUAUUUUCCGCGACGUACAGAAGAAAUACUUUUCAGACGACCUUUCAGAAAACUUCAAGCAGUCAGAUGCAUCUAACAGCUUCAUCUCAGGGGUGGCAGCUCUUUGCCAAGUUAUCAUUGCAAACCGCCCGUUCUUGAAAGAUCAAAUACUGGGUUGGCUCUCUAAAAGUCAAGGCGGAUCAAUCCAGACAAUUGGUCUACGCCGUGCCUUACUUGCGGCUUACAAUAACUCUGCUGAUACAUUGAAUUCAUUGCUCGUUCGCAGUCUUGAGCAGUUCGGCGAUAAGUUCUUUAUCAAGCAUGUCCCGAACAUAAUCCAAAACACAAAUGCCGAAUUCAUUCUGCUAGUAGCAGGCCAGCUAAAUCGGCUGGAUCCACUCCAGUUGCAUGGUAUUGGACGUAUAGGUGUUUUCCUAAAUGCCGUCUCCAAUAGACUCGCCGCUUCUUCAAACCGAGCCCGUUUUCUGGGAAUGAUUGUAGGAACUGGGAUCUCCCAGCUCAUAGAGAAGCCUGGGAAUGCUAUGAAAUUUGAUCUUGAAGAAAUGCAAAGCGAGGAGGCGCUAUGGUACCUGAGUCUCACUACGGUUCAAGACAAUGUUGGACCACUCGAAUCGAUCAAAGCACUACAGAAUGCACCUUUGAGAACACAACAGCCGACUAAAGGCACCCAAGUCAGCCGAAAUCAAAAAUUAAAGUCACACUCAAAACCACCUCAAUCAAGCAAGAUUGUCGCUAUUGAAGAAAUAGACGACAGCGAGGAAGACACCGACGAAGAUGAUGAUCUCCUUCCAUAUGAGAAACCUGAUGACGAUGCAGAGGACGAGGAAGAUGACCCAACAUUAAUCCAACGAAACAAGCCAAGUGCGCCCGUUUAUAUUCGCGACUUGAUUGCAUACCUCCGUGAUACUGAAAACGUCGAACGCUACCACCUUGCCAUCAGCACUGCGGCAUCCUUAAUCCGCCGGAAGACAGGAUUCGGCACAGAACUUGCUGAGCAAGUCGAAGAAUUGGCUUUGACUCUAGUCAGUCUACAAAAUGACAACAACCACCCAUCUUUCCACGAAUCACGUCUGCAGAGCAUGGUAGCCCUCAUAGUCUCGCAGCCUCUUAAAAUGGGCCGUUGGUUCGCUGCAAUCUUCUUCGAUGGAGACCUAUCUCAAGUCCAGCGAUCCGCCGUGCUAACAGCCUUGGGUCUUAGCGCGCGCGAGAUUGCAGGCAAUGGCGAAGAGGAUGCCAAGGCACUCGGUCUACCAACCCUCGGCGAUACAUCAUUCCCAUCCAAGCGGUUAUCACCGGCUUUGGAGGCUGUGUUCAUGGGCGCGACUGAAUCUCCCAUUGCGGCUCUCACAAGAGAGAUGUCGCAAACAUCGUUGCAACCGCUAGCAGCUGAUGCAGCAGACCGGAUGACAGGACCAAACGCGCUCAAGGUGCGCACUUUCUCGUCACGUAUGGAGGUCGAGAAGAAGCGCCAGCAGCGUGAGGCUCAGCGCCAAAAGAACGUUGUGAAGGAUGUACACAAGGUGCUCUCUGAAGGCUUCUUUUAUCCUCUCCAAGGCCGAUUCGAAAUCAUGAUGCUGCAGUUCGCCUCGUCGUCAGCUCCCUCCCACAAUCCAUUCUUCGUUCCACACAUUCUCACGCUCUUCCUCCAAACACUCUCCCUGAUUUUCUCUACCACGGGCCCACAUAGUCCAUCUCUCCCGGGCCUCACACAUGAAUCGCUAUCGUUGCUUCUAUCACUACAUACGGCCCCGAUAACCAGUGAGCCUACCGUUACCGCGGCUUUGUUGAAUCUUUUCCUGGCAGUGGUGGAUGUAAACAUUGCAUCCGGCUCGAAUGGCGAGGAACGCCUCGUGACCGAACAUGCUGCCAGGGUUAUGGAGUUGCGCGAGUGGGCUUCCGAAGUGUUUGAUCGCGCGCCCUCUGGAAGCAACAAAGCAGAUACGGGUCGCUUUGCGGAUCCGCAGGAGCAAGUACGAACGUUGUCUGCUGGGGUAAUGGUGCGGCUGGGCGAGGUCAUAGAACGAUACCAGGGUCGGUUGAUGGGUGUGAACGCCGGCUUCAAAUAUUAAACUGUGCGAUUAUACUACGAAUAAUAGACAAGCCGUAUUCUGAAAUCAAUGGUAUCAUGAAAAUUAUUACCAGCAGUGAACGCUAGACUUGAGAUGAAGAAAGACUACUCUGCCUUCUUGGCAAAACUCCCCUUCUCGACGGCUGCUUCCAUCAUGCGGUCGCCGCUAAUGAUUCCCGUAGAGCAAAUGAUAAGUUUGCGCCGGGGCGCCUCCUGGGCAGCGAUGAAGCGUAGCGCGGCGAUUUCGGUGAAAGUAAUUCCACCCAAGAAGAAGACGUAUACAGUCUUUGUAGCAGGAUUGCCGCUGAGCGUCUGCCGAGCUCGAACAGCCUUAUCAUCGCCCUUUUGGACAAUGCUAAAAGUCGAGCCUCGGGCGCUCUUGACCACAUCUUCGAAGCCGAGCCACCCAGGGGAUGCCGUGCUGGCAUUGUUUAUUGACGCAGCAGGGGAGCCACCCCGGACCAGAGAGAGAAUGUAAGGUUUUUGGAGUACGCAUUGAACCAGGCGAACGCUGAGUGGAGCGAAGCCACUGUAAACGUAGGAGAUGUCGUUGGGCUCCUUCUCACUGACCUCUUCAAUCACUAGUCUCAAGUUCUUACGUAGAUACCCGUAAUUAGUCUUCGAACCGGCUUGCGCACCAGAUGUAGGGAGUAGCAUGGCCGUUGCUGAAGACCGAGGCUGCAGAAGUUCCAUCUUCUCAAGGGCCCAGAAAGUCAGGAGAUGCUGGUGGCCAUAAGCUUGCACGACUUGUCUUUUGAAGUUCUCCAGGUCUCGCGGACGCAGUCCACCCGACAUGCAGGACUCCAGGCAUAACAGGCGUAACACGCUCUUCAAGGGAACGUCUCGGGAAAUAAGCUCCUCAAUAGUUUCAUGUUGGUAAAUUGGAUCAGCGCCGGCGGCGUUAUUCUGUUGCACUUCGAGGAUCUUCCGGAAUGUCUCGGAUCGGGUGAGCCGCAUGAUUUCCUCGGCGAGAUUAGUGUGAAUGCGAAGACUCUGGUGCUCCAGUUGGUAAGUUGGUAGUUUAUUGACAAACUCGCGGAGCUCGUUAGUCGUCUGGGCUGUGUGCCGUGUUUCAUACUGAUUUUCCAGUCGGCGGGCCACUUUGUUUAACAGGUCACCCACGAUGGCAAAGUUUGCAUCUCGCAGCUGGCUAAAAAGUUGAUCUGAUGCAUCAAGCUGAAUCUUCCUCUUCAGACCUUGCUUCACCUGCUGUGGUGUUUUUGACGACUCCUGAGGCUGUGGAGCAGAUGCCUGUCCAACGAUGCUGGUAUCAACGUCGGCCUGGUUGUUUUUGAUGCCCACGUAUUCGUCAAUCAAGCCUUCAUAAGUAAGUUGCGUAAGAAGGGGUGUUCCAAAGUCCACGUCGCGGUCAAUAAUAAUCAAGUUCUCGGUGUCAGCACUAGGAAGAAGGCCUCGAUUAGAUGGGUCAGCCAACCCGGAACUCUCUUCCGCAUCCAGCUCUUUGCGCAUCCGCAGCAGAAGAUCUGCUAGACGGCGCGCAUUGUCGCCUUUGCCAACAAUGCGAGGGAAGUAUCCAUGUCUCUGCUGGAUACCCAUGAGAGCCUUGGCGGCAUGGAAGAUACAGCCAGGAUCUUUAUGCUAGAAUAUUGUCAACAUUGCUUUC